UGGGGAGGUAAGACCAAAACACUAAGGGGACAUUCUGUCUCAUAUCCUGAAGCUGCAGCAGUGGAGGAUCUACGCAUGAAGGUGUCUCCCCAAAUACAGGGGAGAACAAAUGGAGCCGGCCAGGAAAGCAAGGAUCUGUGGGAGUCACGUGUUCUGGCUGGCUACCUUGACUAUGGGACAACGGCCCUUUAAGAGCCAGGUGCGGGUCAAGCCCAGAGCACAGUUUCAGUUUUGACAGCAGUCACCAGUGCCUUCCUGGAAGCUUCUAGAAGGGCAGGGGCACACACACUGGCUGGCAGGCUGUGCCUGAAACUGGAUCACCUGGAGAGAAGGAAGUAGCUCAAACGUCUCAUACAAGAAGUCAACCUGAGUGGCACAGCCCCCUUGGAAGCCACAGGCAAUGAGGCUCUCCUUGCUCACCCUCUUGGUAACUGCCUUCUCAGGGAUCUCCACCAAAAGCCCCAUAUUUGGUCCCCAGGAUGUGAAUAGUAUAGAAGGUAACUCGGUUUCCAUCACGUGCUACUACCCAGACUCCUCAGUCAACCGGCACACCCGGAAAUACUGGUGCCGACAAGGAGCCAGCGGCUCGUGCACAACCCUCAUCUCUUCAAAUGGCUAUCUCUCCAAGGACUAUUCAGGCAGAGCCAACCUCAUCAACUUCCCAGAGAACAACACAUUUGUGAUUAACAUUGCACAGCUCACCCAGGAUGACACUGGAACCUACAAGUGUGGUCUGGGUACCACCAACCGAGGCCUGUCCUUCGAUGUCAGCCUGGAGGUCAGCCAGGUACCUGACUUCCCAAAUGACACUCAUGUCUACACAAAGGACAUAGGCAGAAAUGUGACCAUCGAAUGCCCUUUCAAAAAGGAGAAUGCUCCUAACAAGAAAUCAUUGUGCAAGAAGAUAGGCCAGACCUGUGAACUUGUCAUUGACUCUACUAGGAAUGUGAACCCCAACUAUGAGGGCAGAGCAGAACUUUUUAUGAAAGGAACCAAGCCAAAUGUAUUCUAUGUCAACAUUCGUUACCUAAGACACAGUGAUGCUGGGCUGUAUGUUUGUCAAGCAGGAGAAGGUUCUAGUGCUGAUAAAAAGAAUGUUGACCUCCAGGUGCUAGAGCCUGAGCCAGAGCUGCUUUAUAAAGACCUGAGGUCCUCAGUGACUUUUGAAUGUGACCUGGGCCGUGAGGUAGCGCAUGUGGCCAAAUAUCUGUGCCGGAUGAAUAAGGAAACCUGUGAUGUGAUCAUCAACACCCUGGAGAAGAGGGAUCCAGCCUUUGAGGGCAGGAUCCUGCUAACCCCCACGGAUGACAAUGGCCGCUUCAGUGUGUUGAUCACAGGCCUGAGGAAGGAGGAUGCAGGGCACUACCUGUGUGGAGCCCACAGUUCUGGAUUGCCUCAAGAAGGCUGGCCCAUCCAGGCUUGGCAACUCUUUGUCAAUGAAGAGUCCACCAUUCCCAAUAGUCGCUCUGUUGUGAAGGGAGUCACAGGAGGCUCUGUGGCCAUCGUCUGUCCCUAUAACCCCAAGGAAAGCAGCAGCCUCAAGUACUGGUGUCGCUGGGAAGGGGACGGAAAUGGACACUGCCCCGUGCUUGUGGGGACCCAGGCCUUGGUGCAAGAAGAGUAUGAAGGUCGACUGGCACUGUUUGAUCAGCCAGGCAGCAGCACCUACACUGUCAUCCUCAACCAGCUCACCACUCAGGAUGCUGGCUUUUACUGGUGUCUUACCGAUGGUGACUCUCGCUGGAGAACCACAAUAGAACUCCAGGUUGCCGAAGCUACAAAGAACCCAAACCUUGAGGUGACGCCACAGAAUGUGACCGCGGUGCUAGGAGAGACCGUCACAAUCUCCUGCCACUAUCCGUGCAAAUUCUACUCCCAGGAGAAAUACUGGUGCAAGUGGAGCAACGAGGGCUGCCGCGUCCUGCCUAGCCAGGACGAAAGUGCCCGCCAGUCUUCUAUGAGCUGCGACCAGAGCAGCCAGCUCAUCUCCAUGACCCUGAACCCGGUCAGUAAGGAAGAUGAAGGCUGGUACUGGUGUGGAGUAAAACAAGGCCAGACCUAUGGAGAAACUAUAGCCAUCUACGUAGCAGUUGAAGAGAAGACCGGAGGGUCCCCCCACGUCAACCCAACAGAUGCAAAUGCACGUGCCAAAGUUGCUCCUGAAGAAGAGGUAGUGGAAUCCCCUGUCAGUGAGAAUGAGAACAAAGUUAUUCUGAACCCCAGGCUUUUUGCAAACGAAAAAGAGAUACAGAAUGUGGGAGACCAAGCUCAGGAGAACAGAGCAUCUGGGGAUGCUGGCAGUGCUGAUGGACAAAGCGGGAGCUCCAAAGUGCUAUUCUCCACCCUGGUGCCCCUGGGUCUGGUGCUGGCAGUGGGUGCUGUGGCUGUGUGGGUGGCCAGAGUCCGACAUCGGAAGAAUGUAGAUCGUAUGUCAAUCAGCAGCUACAGGACAGACAUUAGCAUGGCAGACUUCAAGAACUCCAGGGAUUUGGGAGGCAAUGACAACAUGGGGGCCUCUCCAGACACACAGGAAACAGUCGUCGAAGGAAAAGAUGAAAUCGUGACUACCACAGAGUGCACCACUGAGUCAGAAGAAUCCAAGAAAGCAAAAAGGUCAUCCAAGGAGGAAGCUGACAUGGCCUACUCAGCCUUCCUGCUUCAGUCCAGCACCAUAGCUGCGCAGGUCCACGACGGUCCCCAGGAAGCCUAGGCAGUGCUGACCACCUACCCCUGCCUGUGACAAUCAACUUGAGAAUCACACUGAUCCACUCGAAGCCCACGCUCACCCAUCACCUAGGCUCUUCCCUCCUGUCCUCAGAGGUGUACUGGUUCCUUCCUUGGCCAUGGAAGCCUGGCCUAGUUAUGCCUGUUUAGGAGAGAGUGUGGAAAUGAGGAGUUGAGCCUGAGAGACAUCUCUGAGAGAAGAGGGUUCGGAAUAGGGGCUCAUUUCAGGAGAGAAAGCCAUUUGAAGCCCCUUCAUAUGAUAGGAUGUCAGUGUAACUCUCCUCUCCUCUAUCUCUCCUUUCCUCUCCUCUUGAUUCAAACAACACAUCUGAGAACUCAUUAGGCUUCAGCGCCUACUAAACACUGAGAACCAGGCCACAGCCUUUCUAUAAACAUUACUAGAAGAGAUGUCAUCUCCUCCCAGACUGUCUUUUCACUAAGAUAAGACAUCAUUACCAGGCAUACCUCCUGCCUCUCUGCACUUCAUAGGCAACAUAAGAAAUUCCCGCAGUCUAAAGCAUGUGCAUGGUAAGGACACCAUGAUUCUCAGAUGAGAAGAGAUUUUUCUCAAGACUACCCAGUGAGAUAGACUAGUGUCAAACCAGAUGUGGCAACUUCUGGUUCUUGGCCUGGGAUCUGUCUUUAGACCUCUGCUCUUAGAGGGAGAACUUUAGCAUGGGGAAAAGUAAGAGAAAAUGAGUUAAAUGGGCAUGGUGGUAUGCUCCUGCAAUCCCAAUAUUAAGAGGUAAAAAUAGGAUCAGUAGUUCAAGAUAAUCCUUAGCUACUUAGGGAGUUUAAGGCCGGCCUGGGACACAUUGAGGCUUGGAUUCAAAGAAGAAGGAGGAGGGAGCAGAAACAGGAAGAGGAGGAAGAGGAGGAGAUGAAGGAAAAGAGGAGGAGGAAGAGGA